UCCAAAUGGCGAAUAGUGACUACAAUCCUUACGAGCAUCGCGAUGUGGAAGUCACAAUGUCGAACGUGGGUGCCUUUGUGUCUCUCCUCAAGUGUGUCAUUGGAACAGGAAUCCUGGCCCUCCCGCUGGCCUUCUCCUAUUCGGGAUGGCUCAAUGGGGGCAUACUCCUCGUUCUGAUUACGAUACUCCUGAUCCAUGGAAUGACUCUGCUGAUCAUUUGCAUGGUGGAGUCCGCACGGCGGCAGGAGCAGGGCUACUGCAACUUUCCCGACACGAUGGAGUACGCCUUCAACCAGGGCCCCAAUUGGUGCAGGUACUGCUCCAAGGCCUCGGGCUACCUGGUGGAUGGGGUCCUGGCCUUCUCCCACUACGGCGUGUGUGUCGUCUACCUCGUGUUUGUGUCGGUCAAUGUCAAGCAGCUGUCGGAUUACUAUAUCAAGGUCAUUGAUCUGUGGAUUUUCAUUGUGUUCGUGGGUAUACUCUCGGUUCCGCUGUUCCUCAUCCGCCAUCUGAAGAAUCUGGUGCCCUUCAAUCUGGCGGCCAACAUUUCGAUGUAUCUGGGCUUUUUCCUGAUCUUCUACUACCUGUUCCAGAACCUGCCGCCAAUCUCGGAGCGUGAUGCGUUCAAAGAGCCCUCGAAGCUGCCUCUCUUCUUCGGCAUUGCCCUGUUCUCCGUGAGCUCUGUGGGAGUGAUGCUGGCCAUUGAGUCGAAGAUGACCUAUCCGGAGCAGUACAUCGGAUGGUUCGGCGUCCUCAAUCUGGCCUCGGCUGUGGUCGUCAUCUCCUACCUGAUCUUUGCCAUCAUGGGAUACUGGCGCUAUGGGGAGUCCGUGCACGGCAGUAUCACCCUCGAUCUGCCCAACGAUGAAAUACCCGCGCAGGUGUCCAAGGUCUGCAUUAGCAUGGCCGUGUUCCUGACCUUCCCCCUCUCCGGCUACGUGACCAUCGACAUCAUACUCAAUCACUAUCUGGAUCGGAAUGGCAAGCUGAACAAUCCGCAUCGGAUGGAGUACAUUUGCCGGCUGUUAUUCGUCCUUGUGUGCACCGUCAAUGCGGUGGCCUUCCCCGAUCUGGGGCCCCUGCUGGCCCUGGUCGGGGCCUUCACCAUCUCCCUGCUGAACCUCAUCUUUCCGGCCUGCAUCGACAUGUGCCUCAACUACCAUGCCCCCUACACCUACGGCAAGCUGCGAUGGAAGCUCGUCAAGAACAUCCUGAUUGUCAUCAUUGGCACAGUGAUCCUGGUUUACGGCUGCAUCCUUGCCGUCAUGGACAUGAUCAAGGAGUACGGCGAUCACAGCAAGUAGACCACUUUAUCGGCGUCGGACAGCACUCUUGCCGCAAAUGUAUUUGAACACGAUUUUAGGCAGCGCAAUUAAAUGAUUGAAGAGCUUGGGCUUCGUUCUCCUUGUAA